AUUGGUCAGGUAAAACCCAUUUAUUGCCUGACAGCCCUCAUCACAUGGAUGGUUGUCUAUUAACUUGUUCAAAAAGUAUCAGGAGUUGUCAAGGCUCUACUGAAAGGAGGAAAAGUAGUUUGUUGAUUCUUAAAGACCAAGUUUGUGGACACAGCAAGACCAGCAGAAAAACAGACAGAAGACGUUUACUAUAGAGUUUAGUAAAGUUACUGAAAGCUGCAACGUAACAAAACCGUGAACUACCUCUGGUUUGGACAGAUUUAUUAUUAUUAUUAUUAUUAUUAUUAUUAUUAUUAUUAUUAUUAUUAUUAUUAUUAUUAUUAUUAGUGUGUGUAAGAGGUAUCACAAAAAUCAGUUUGAAUGUACAGCAUGAUGGAAACCGAGCUCAAACCCCCUGCCCCUCAGACACAUUCUGGGGGUACGGGCAACUCUAACUCGAAUGCAAACAACCAGAAAAACAGCCCGGACCGAGUGAAGAGACCCAUGAACGCGUUUAUGGUGUGGUCGAGAGGGCAAAGGAGAAAAAUGGCGCAGGAGAACCCGAAAAUGCACAAUUCAGAAAUCAGCAAAAGACUCGGGGCCGAGUGGAAACUUUUAUCCGAAUCUGAGAAGCGACCUUUUAUCGACGAAGCCAAGCGACUCAGAGCUCUCCACAUGAAGGAACACCCGGAUUACAAAUACAGACCGAGGCGGAAAACCAAGACCCUGAUGAAGAAGGACAAGUACACUCUGCCAGGUGGACUUCUCGCUCCGGGCGGCAAUGCGAUGAACAGCGGGGUAGGUGUAGGGGCUGGCAUGGGCGCCGGGGUCAAUCAAAGGAUGGACAGUUAUGCACAUAUGAAUGGCUGGGCCAACGGAGGCUAUGGUAUGAUGCAGGAGCAGCUGGGCUACCCGCAGCACCCGGGUUUAAAUGCUCACAGCGCUGCACAGAUGCAGCCAAUGCACCGCUAUGACAUGAGCGCCCUUCAGUACAAUUCUAUGACCAAUUCACAGACCUACAUGAACGGGUCCCCCACCUACAGCAUGUCGUACUCCCAGCAGAGCACCCCUGGAAUGACUCUGGGCUCCAUGGGUGCGGUGGUCAAGUCAGAAUCCAGCUCAAGUCCACCGGUUGUCACAUCAUCCUCUCAUUCGAGGGCUCCCCAGUGUCAGCCCGGGGACCUUCGGGACAUGAUCAGCAUGUAUCUGCCCGGAGCUGAAGUACCAGAAUCAACUGCCCAAAGCAGACUUCACAUGUCACAACAUUACCAGAGCGCACCUGUGCCUGGUACAACCAUUAAUGGCACACUUCCUCUAUCACAUAUGUAAAUUAACCUUUACUAUAGAAACUGGACUUCUUUGGACUAUUUUGACUAUUUUUGUACAGAACUUUUUUUUUUUUUUUUUUUUUUUGGAGGGGACGUGGGGGGGACGGGGACGGGGGUGGGGGCGAAUUGUAUAGAACUAUAAAGGGAAAAACCAAACACAAAACAAAACAAACAAAAAAAAGUUAGGAACUUUGCAAAAGUGUUUACCAGUAAUAUUUAGAGCUAGUCUCAAUCAAUUACAUGUUUUAUUAUUGCAAGCAACUUUUUGUACAGUAUUUAUCAAAGAAACAUGGCAAUCAAAAGUUCCAAUGUUUGUCAACUGAGAAGUUGCCAAUUUUAUAAACAGUAGUGCAUAUAUAUAUAUAUAUAUAUAUAUAUAUAUAUAUAUAUAUAUAUAUAUAUAUAUAUAUAUAUAUAUAUAUAUAUAUAAAAUUACACACAUAAUCGGGGUUCUAAAUUGUACAAAACAAAUACAGGAAAAGGCUCAUUAAACACAAUAAAGAUUUUUCUUUAAAGGGGCAAAAUAGACGUUUUACUUAUGUUUAAAAAAGAAACAAAAAAUAUUAUGGCACAUUGUUAAUUUAUAUUUUGUUUCCAUAUUUUUUUGUCCUGUUAAAACAUGAAGUUUAUGUGUUUAUUAUUUUCUCAUGGUUUGUUAUAUGUCUGUAAAUUGAAUGUGAUAUUUUAAGUUGUUUAUUUUAUUUUAUUUUAUUUUCAUUUUCGUAGUUGUAUUUUAAAAUGUGGCUCUGCAUUUUUGAAACAGUGCCGACACUCCGUGUAUAUAUUUGAACUAAUAAUAUCAUUAUAACAGUUACGUUUUCAUCCUUUUUUUUUUUUCAUUAUGCAGAGUUGAAAUAAAUAAAUUUUUGAAAUUUGGA